AUGGGCGCGAUCGGAGGGACGCACGCGGUGCGCGCCGCGCGCUCGACGUCGCCCAUGGUCGAUCGCGCGCGCGAGCGACGCGUGGAGCGGAGGAUGAAUGUGCAUGCGAUGACGACGACGCGGGUCACGGCGCUGCGGUACGACGCGCACCCGUACGUGGAGAGCGCGGACGCGAGCGUGAAGGAGUACGUCGAGGUGGCGAACGAGCCGGACGCGGUGGCGUUCGCGACGACGCGGAACGGUGGAAAGACGCUGUGCGAACGCUCGGGGGGACCGGCGUACGCGUCGUGCGCGGACGUCGCGGCGUCGGGCGGAGUUGAUUUUAACGACGGCACUCGGGCGCUGCACGUCGGUCGAGAUGUCAUGCGGGGGAAUCGGGCGGUAUUUAUUGUGUGCUUGGAUGAUGAUGAUGAUGGCGUUCGAGCGGCGUUUGAGAAGGCGGCGGGGGGGAGCGAGUUGGCGCUCCGCGAUACCAAGGAGGCGAGCUACGCGUUCGACAUGGCGGACGCCGCCAUCGUCGCCAGGGGCGCCGCGCUCUCGGCGUGGAGAGAAAAGCAAAAGUUUUGUCGGCAGUGUGGGACACCGGCACCGAAAAUCGUGGGUGCUGGGAGGAAAGUGGUGUGCGGAAACUGCCGCGCGAGCGAGUAUCCCGACCUCAUGCCGUGCUGCUUGGCGCUCAUCACGUGCGGGAACUACAUCUUACUCGGUCGAAAUAAACGUUGGCCGCAGAACUUCUACUCUCUCAUAGCCGGUUUCGUGGAGAGAAGCGAAAGUUUGGAGGCGUGCGUCGCUCGAGAGGCGCUUGAAGAGGCGAUGAUUGCAGUCGAUCCGAAGAGCAUCGAGUACGUACGAUGUCAACCAUGGCCGUUUCCGAAUCAAUUAAUGAUCGGUUUCCGCGCCUCCGCGGCGCCCGAGCGGCUCGGACCGCUUAAGAUGCCCCCUCAGCCGCAGACACACGACGGUGAACUCGCCGAUGCCAGAUGGUUCCACGUGGAUUACCUCGCCUCGCGCCUGGCUCCAGACCGCGCGUUCGCCGAUCCGAGAGGCGCCGAGGGCGAGAACGAGAUCCCGUUCGGCGAGAUCGCGCUCCCGGGCGAGCACGCCCUGGCGCGAGUGUUAGUCCAAGACUGGGUCGAAGAAAAGAUGUCCUACCGACGGCGACGAUGCGACGAUCGACUCGUGACGACGGUGGUGGAGGGUUCAUUUUUCACAGAGUGCGCGCUGUCGAGCGGAGACGACGAAGACGACGACAACGAUUCUUCCGUGUUCGAAAAAGCUGAGUCCCUGCACUUCGUCAUGGCCGAAGUUCUCUUAGCCCAAGAGGGUCAGGCCCCGGUUGUGCUCCGCGCCGCCCCCGGUGACCUCUCCAAGGUUCACCAAGACGUCGUCGCCGAGAUCGAGCGCGUCGGCCAAGGCGCCCGCGCCGUCGCCUUCGUCCGCGCCACCGGUCGAAUCCUCUGCGCGCGAGACGACGACGGGGCGCAACGGAUAAACGUUAAAAUGUUAAGCGAGACCUCCGACGAAGGGUUCGACGCGAGGAAGAUCGUGGUGGCGAUGAUGCAAAAGGCGUGUCCGUUCCACGACUUUGCCUUUGUCGAGGUGUAA